GCUCGAAACCACUUGCGUACGUGGGUGUCUAGCUCUAUAAAAAUGGGUCAGUGUUAGGGUUACACAAACUAGCGGGAACGGACUUGUAAUCCCCUUCGCAAAACAAGCCCAAAGAAAAUAGAAACGCUCAGGUACCAAGAUGCCGGCUGGAUCCUGGUAUUUCCUCCUGCUCUCCCUGCCUUCCGUGUGGGGGCUCAGUUCCUUCCCAAGCCACAUGGAGGUGGGCAAGGUAGAAAACAACGUGACCAUCGUCUGCCGCACUGACUUCGCGGGCGACUUGACCUGGAAGCACAGACGGGAUGGCGAGGAAAUCAGAAGCGUCAAAGGGAAGAGCUUAGAGCUGCUAUACCUGGAAGAGCCAGAUGCUGGUGAAUACAGCUGCUGGGAUGGAGAAAGGAAACUCGACAGCACCUACCUCCUGCUGGAGGAGGACAACGUCGAGGAGCAAGACGCUGAAGAAGCCUUGAUUUGCUCAGCUCAGACGUACAGCUGUUCCUUCACCUGCAGCUGGUCUCUGAAAGGCUUCACCGCUGCCCGAUUAAGAUAUCAACGUGAUGGCCAAGAUCCAAGCCCCUGGAUUUACUCCGAAGCCCAUGCACAGCAGGUGUUUACUCUUCAACUGACCAGUUCCCCUUUUACCGAAGAGGACACCCCCAUGAUCCUGACUGGAGAAGCGGUGAGCUCCACGCACUACGUGAAGAGGACCCUGCAAUUUUUCUUCCGUGACAUUGUUAAGCCGGACCCACCACAGCUGGGGCUGUGCGAGAAGCAGGGGAAUUUGCUCAGCGUGACUGUGCAGCCCGCAGCCAGUUGGGCUAAGCCCCUCAGCUACUUCCCGCUUGACCACCAGAUUGAGUUCAUAUACCAGAACGAUGGCACGACGGGCCUGUCCAACAGCAGCACGGUUCCUGGAGGAAUUAGCCAGAUACGUGCUCGCUCCAGGGACCCCUUAGUGCCCUCGCCCUGGAGCCAGUGGAGUCCAUGGAAAAAUAUGGUAUCUUGGACGAAGACGAAAAUGAGGGAUGGGAAGAAAGGAAAGAAAAUUAAACAACGUUUUAGAACCUCGAAAGAAAAUGAUAUCCUCUACUGCAGAAAAGAGAAAAGAAGAGAUUAUCAGAGGAAGAAAAAGCAGAGGAAGGACAGUUCAGACCACAACUGAAAGGCACACGAGGACCAGACUGGGGGAAUUAUGCUUCUUAAAACCCUCGUGGUAAAAGCUGAAUCCUGACAUAAAACAGCAAGUUGGAAAUGGGUCAAAGACAUACUCUAAGAUCACUGAAGCGAUUGUUUUGAUGUGAAUACAAGACUUUCUACUUGAAAAUGGCACUAGUGUAGUAAAACAAAGCUAUGAGUGUCAAACAACAGAGUUAAUGUCUCUGUAAAGACACUGGUAAAAGUAACACUAUGUUUCUCAUUCGAAUGAUAUAGUGAUUGCUGUACACAGAUAGAAUACCUGGUAUUGUCCGUUAGACUGGUAAUGUGCGGUAGAUGUUCACUUCGGUUCCAUGCUCACAUGGUGCUGACAACAGUGUUGCUCUUGGCAAUUUGCAUUUUUGUCACUCUUUUAUAUAAAAUCUUGAGUUAGAGAUGCUGCAGUGAAGAGGAUUUUUAAUUGAUAAUAUAUCAAAUGUACUAUAGAUGCUAUUAUUUUGCAAGGAAUCAGGAGCAGGUACAUAGUUUAGUUUUUAAUUACUUUUUAAUUAUUAUUGUUGUAGGAAAUGCUAAAGUUGCGAGUGCAUAAGCGCAUACUCACAAGCCUUCCUUGGAAAGAUCUGGACUGUGACUGGUUUGUUUUGGGCUCUGUGGGCAUUUGCAUCUGUUUUUUUUUUAUUAUGUGCAUUUAUGAUCGUUAUUGUAGUGUUCAGCUUAUUAAUGACCAUUCACGUGCCUUGUUGAAUGUAGUUGUACUGUACAUUUUAGUUGUUUUAUUUAGGUGUGUCGGGGGGGCCACCAUAUAGGGUGCUGUCAUUUUUAGUAAGGCCUUAGUAAGGUGCCUGCUAGUUUGAGCGGUGGCUUCACAAUACUCAGUUUUAAGGACAACAACUGAAAGUUAUUAUAAAGCUGUUUCAGAACUUCCCCUGAUCGUUAAUAAAA